GCGGCGACCGGCUGCUGAGGCGGGGCGCAUGCGGGUUGCGGCGUGUUUGUCGUUGGGGGCAGCUCCAGGGCGCUGAGUGAAGCGGCGGUCAGGCGCUCGGUGCCGUGAGACGCAGCGCUGCCAGUCCCUCGGAGCACGGUGACACUUCCCCGCACCCUCUCUCGCCAUGUACCGGUACCUAGGAGAGCUACUGGCUCGGGGGGUCGCGGCUGCCGAGGGCGGCGUGCAGCGCCUGGGCGGCCCGGCUGCCCUGCUCCAGUGCCGGCGUUACUCCAGCGAGCCUGCCCAGCAGGACGACCCUAACUUCUUCAACAUGGUGGAGGGCUUCUUCGACCGCGGGGCGAAGAUCGUGGAGGACAAGCUGGUGGAGGACCUGCGGACCCGCGAGUCGGACGAGCAGAAGCACAAGCGGGUGCGGGGCAUCCUGAAGAUCAUCAAGCCCUGCAACCACGUCCUGUCCAUCUCCUUUCCCAUCAAGAGGGACAACGGCGAGUGGGAAGUGAUCGAGGGCUACCGAGCGCAGCACAGCCAGCACAGGAUGCCCUGCAAAGGAGGGAUCCGUUACAGCAUGGAUGUCUGUGUGGAUGAAGUAAAAGCUCUGGCCUCUCUGAUGACGUACAAAUGUGCAGUGGUUGAUGUACCCUUUGGUGGUGCUAAAGCCGGAGUAAAGAUUAAUCCAAAGAUGUACUCAGAUUCUGAAUUAGAAAAAAUUACCAGAAGAUUUACUAUUGAGCUGGCAAAAAAAGGAUUUAUUGGACCUGGUAUUGAUGUGCCAGCCCCUGACAUGAGCACAGGCGAGCGAGAGAUGUCUUGGAUUGCUGAUACCUUUGCCACGACAAUGGGGCACCAGGAUAUAAAUGCUCAUGCCUGUGUGACUGGUAAACCCAUCAGCCAAGGUGGCAUCCAUGGGCGAAUUUCAGCUACAGGACGUGGUGUAUUCCAUGGGAUUGAGAACUUCAUUAAUGAAGCAUCCUACAUGAGUGUCCUUGGAAUGACCCCAGGCUUUGGAGACAAAACUUUCGUCAUUCAGGGAUUUGGUAACGUAGGCAUGCACUCCAUGAGGUACCUGCAUCGCUAUGGAGCCAAGUGCAUAGGUGUUGGUGAGUUGGAUGGGUCCAUUUGGAACGAGGAUGGAAUUGAUCCCAAGGAACUAGAGGAUUACAAAUUAGCAAAUGGGUCUAUUGUUGGCUUCCCCAAAGCGCGGCCCUAUGAUGGCAAUAUCCUGGAGUCGGAGUGUGACAUUCUCAUCCCUGCAGCCGGUGAGAAGCAGAUGACCAAGCACAAUGCAUGGAAAGUUAAAGCAAAGAUUAUCGCUGAAGGUGCCAAUGGGCCAAUGACUCCAGAAGCUGACAAGAUCUUCAUGGAAAGGAACAUCAUGGUUAUUCCAGAUCUAUACUUGAAUGCUGGUGGUGUCACUGUUUCCUACUUUGAAUGGCUGAAAAAUUUGAACCAUGUCAGCUAUGGCAGGCUGACCUUCAAAUAUGAGCGAGACUCCAACUACCACCUGCUAAUGUCCGUCCAGGAGAGCUUAGAGAGGAAGUUUGGCAAGCAUGGUGGCACAAUACCGGUUGUACCCACAGCAGAAUUUCAAGCCAGAAUAGCGGGUGCCUCUGAAAAGGAUAUUGUCCACUCUGGUCUAGCAUAUACCAUGGAGCGCUCAGCAAAGCAAAUUAUGCGGACAGCGAUGAAGUAUAACUUGGGCCUGGAUUUGAGAACAGCUGCCUAUGUCAAUGCCAUCGAGAAAGUCUUCAAAGUGUAUAACGAAGCUGGUCUGACCUUCACAUAGAGUGGAUGCCGUUUGUCCUCGUCAAACCUUGCUUCCCGUCUCCCAGCCUGACAUACCAAACGUUUACAUGUUUUUUGUUGCUUUUUUUUCCUUUAUACCUUUUAAACCAUUGGAACACUAAUUCUCCAAUAGAAGCUGCCAGAAUUAGUUGAUAGCUUGAAUAAUCAAUUAAUAUAACCCAAGUAUCAUAAUUAAGGCUUACAGAAGAUCUUCACAAUCUCACACUGCUGGCAAGUGGGAGCCAUGUUACAUUUACUGAACAAGGAUUUUAGUUUUCCCUUGUGGCAUCCAACUAGCUAACAAAACCUUUCUGCAGUUUCAUUACAUCAACUAAAAUUCUUACUGAUGAGGGUGGAAACCUGUUUGUGUUCUGGGAAUUCUAUCUUUUUGCAGAUAAUCUCCUCCCUGAAUGGAUUUUGCCAAAGGAUUGGCAAUCCACCAUCUGCAUUUAACUAUUGCAAAGAUCUUCAAGGUAUUGGCAGCACACCUUUCACAGUAGUACUAGAGCCCAAUGUGUAUGGUGGAACGGAACAAUAUUGCUUGUGUGCAGCAGUAUUUGCACAAGUGGAUUUUUUAAAAAUUGUGUAAUAAUUGUUAUUUAGGCAGAAUUAUUUUUAUAACAAAGUAGACAGAGAUGCAACAAUUGGGUGGUGUCCCAGAGUUUUCAAGAACUAAAAUUGGCUGGAUUCCCCAUCCUAAUUGUUCCCUGAUCCUCCGAUUUAAAAUUGACCUUUGGACUUUUACACUCCAUUGUGAUGCCUGAGUAGCUCACUAACAUUUGCUUUGGAGAUUCGCGUAUUAAAAGUGAUAAUGUUGACAGCUUGGGUUUCCCCAGGUUGGUCAAGUGAGUAGGCUGACAGGAGGAGGAUGUGCCAAGUAAUGUCUGCAUUCAAAUUAAGUGUCUGAUUACUUAAAAAUGCAUCUGACUUGCAUUUGGAGAAUAAUUUCAAGCCCAUUUAAACGGGGCUACUUUGUGAAUCCAGCCAAAGGGGACCCAGAAGUGAAGGGAGGGUGCAACAAAUGUAAUUCCCAGAGCAAAACUUCCUUGAUUUUCUCUUUCCCUUAACAAUCCCUCUGCUUAGAAAAUAUGCCAGCUUAGUUUGUAUUUGGUUUGUUACAGUACAGCCACCUUUCUGCUUUAGGGCAAGUGUUGAGAUGGGUUGUUAGUGGCACUGUGCCUAGAGCACCUGUGUGCCUGGGUACUUGGCCCAGCACAGUCAUGUUCCCCGGUUGUUGGGGGAGGAGGGCAGGGUGCAGAAGGGUGGCCUUCAUGACAUUAAAACAUUUGUAGUUUCAAUUCACAACCUGAAAUCCACCCUCUUGAACAGCCAGAACACCCAAGCCUACAGCCCAAACAAUUACUGUUCACUAGUAAAUCCAUUAGUGGUUGUUCUGUAAGAAGUUCCAUUCAAAGCUGAGGACCUAAGUUUUUCAAUUUGUAUUUUAAGCAGGACAUGGCCAUACUCCCUGUUUUGCAUUUUUCCAUUUAAUUUGGAGGCAAGUCAUGACUCCCUCACCUUGUGCAGCCACUUGAACAGUGAGGGCGUUCAGUUCUGUAAGCCUGGUUGGAAGCCAAGUAACCUAAAAAAGUAAAAAGUAACCUACAAUCUUGCCUCAAGUUGUCUAAAUGGAUGUGAAAGUUGUUUUUUUUUAUAUAUAGGAAUUCCUAUUAACUGUAACCAGAUAUCUGUCUAGUAAACCCUGUAGACUAAACUCGUCUUCAACUUCGUUACAGGAAAGCAAAGUCAUAUAAGCCAUUACACCUUCUGGCUGACUUUACAUAGGAGUAUCCAUCGUAGUGCCCUGUAUCUUGGUGAUGUUAUCUUGCAGAUUACACAGGCAGACCGAUCUUGCAACUUUGCCUGUUACAUUUGCGACAAUGCACUUUUCACAACAGUAACCAGGUUGCUUUGAGCUGCUCGGAUCCAUUUGGUAAGAUGGGUUGCUUGAAAACUGCAGGACUUUGGCAAUGGUGCCAUCUUCUGUUAAGUUUUUGAAACAUGCUUCUUCUCGCCCUCCCUCUUGCCCUCCCUCUUGCCCUCCCUCUUGCCCUCCCUCUCGCCCUCCCUCUCGCCCUCCCUCUCGCCCUCCCUCUCGCCCUCCCUCUCGCCCUCCCUCUCGCCCUCCCUCUCGCCCUCCCUCUCGCCCUCCCUCUCGCCCUCCCUCUCGCCCUCCCUCUCGCCCUCCCUCUCGCCCUCCCUCUCGCCCUCCCUCUCGCCCUCCCUCUCGCCCUCCCUCUCGCCCUCCCUCUCGCCCUCCCUCUCGCCCUCCCUCUCGCCCUCCCUCUCGCCCUCCCUCUCGCCCUCCCUCUCGCCCUCCCUCUCGCCCUCCCUCUCGCCCUCCCUCUCGCCCUCCCUCUCGCCCUCCCUCUCGCCCUCCCUCUCGCCCUCCCUCUCGCCCUCCCUCUCGCCCUCCCUCUCGCCCUCCCUCUCGCCCUCCCUCUCGCCCUCCCUCUCGCCCUCCCUCUCGCCCUCCCUCUCGCCCUCCCUCUCGCCCUCCCUCUCGCCCUCCCUCUCGCCCUCCCUCUCGCCCUCCCUCUCGCCCUCCCUCUCGCCCUCCCUCUCGCCCUCCCUCUCGCCCUCCCUCUCGCCCUCCCCCUGAUGCCUCAGUGAAUGUCCAGAAAGGAACUAUGCCAUAGGGAUCCUGAGAAUGUCUUUCAUAUUUCUGUAGGAUUAAGCAUGUCAGAUUUGCCAGUUUUGGCAUUUGGGUCUAGUGGGUGCAAUGAAGUACCAGAUGUAAUUUAUGCACCUGGGACAAACCUUUUUUAAAACAGCAGUCUUGUGUUCUUUUCUACAUUCUUUGUAAUUGCAUGAAGGUGAAACUCAGAGUAUUAAACUUUUGACCUUUCAAGUGUC